GAAGGAAAAAAAAAACCGUAGUGAUUGAGCAGAUUGUACCCCUGCGGUGCAGCACAGCUAUGAUACGAAAAAGUUGCACCCCCCAAUCCCAAAAGCAGGACCGAAGGAAACCACGGAAUCCAACGAACAGCCGCCACCAUCCAUGCCGUCAAAGAAACAAUCGUUAACGGCGCCGUCGGAAAGUGAGAAAGCUACCGGCGGGACCGAGGGGGAAGCACAAGAGGAGCCCCCGCCGCCCCCGGAACUCCUGGUGCGACGGAACGACAUCGGCGGAACGACGAGAUCGAGGUCCUUCGUCGAGCUCACGAUCCGGGGAGAAACCGUCGGGGCGCUGGAGACGACCCCGCCCCCGGAGCCACCGGCGCGGCGGAGCCUCCUCUGGCAGGCCUUCUCCUGCAACCUGUUCGAAGCCAACCGGAAAUCCUCGAGCCAGGAGCUCACCGAAAAACUCCAGCAGCAGGAAGUGGACAGCCUGGCGUCGUCGAACAGCUCGUGGGACCGCAAUCCUUCCGGCGUUCCCUACGCAAAGAUCGGUGGGCCGCAGUCCUCCAGCCUCCCGCCCCCGCAAUUCCUGCACCAGCAAGAAGAAAUGCCGCCCCCAUCGUUCCUGCACCAGCAAGAACAAAAUCCGAAUCCCAGACAGCCACAAAACCAUCCCCGGGCCUUUGGCUCCGAGAUCAGAAUGAACAGCUUCUCCCGAAACGAGGCGACAUCGCCCCUGCAAUCGGACUACCCGCUCCACAGCCGGGAAAAUUCCUUCAACCACAGGGGCGUCGAUUACAGAGGUGCGAGCGCCGGCGCCGGCGAUCGAAACGAUCCGUCGAAUGCAUCCAAACACAAACCCCCCGACACGGAAUCACCCCCCACCGAGCCUACCCGCUGGCAAGAAUUUACGACCGAGCUCAAGAGCCUUCUGGUGGACCUUAUCAAAUACGGCAAAGCAAAGACGUGGAAGAAGAAGAUACUGACGGCCGUCUUGUUUGUUGUCUCGGUACUGGUCUUUUACGACUUGUUCUUCGGGAAGCAGGACUUCAUCGUCACGUGGCUGCACGCCUUUGUGCUAUGGAUGACGACGCACCAGGCCUCCGCCGUCUUUGCCUUUGUCGGAAUUUUUGUCCUGAGCACGCUGGCCUUUGUCCCUCCCACCCUGCUGGUCUUUGGUGCCGGGUACGCCUUUACGGUGGCGAUGGACAGCGCCCUGGCGGGCGUGACGGCAGCGGUGCUGUCCAGCUUUCUGGGAUCCUGCAUCGGUGCCGUCCUUGCCUUCAUCCGCAGCCGGUACAUGAUGCGCGACCUGGUCAAGCUCUUUGCCAACCGGUACCCGCUCGUUCGGGCCAUCGACCAGGCCCUCAAGGUACGGCACGGCUUUCGGCUCAUGCUGCUGCUCCGGUUCUGCCCCGUCAUUCCGUACAACGCCCUCAACUACUGCUGCGGCAUUACGGGGGUCACGCUCUACGACUUUACCCUGAGCCUGGUGGGCAUCCUGCCCUUCCAGAUCUUUACGAUCGUCCUGGGUGCCACGGCGGGAACGGUCGAGCUGAAAAACCUCAAAAACGAGUACACGAGGGGCGAGAUGGGGGCCUUUGUCGGCUUUCUCGUGAUUGGCAUUGCCUUUGGCCUCGUCGCCGUCGUCUACGCCUGGCGCCUCGUCAAGUGGGAAAUCAAGCGGGAGCUCGGGCUGUCCACCGAGGAAUUCGAGUACAUGAUCCAGCCGCCGCCGGCCGAAGGCCACGACCGGGGCCUCGGCACCGGAAGCAGCGAGCGAAGUGGAUCGUCCUCCCCAGGGUCUUACCACCUACAGGACGACGGUGAGGGCUCGUUUCGGGAUCCUUCGGCGGGGAGGAGCACUGGCAACGCCAACGCCAGCGCCAGCGCCAUCGCUACUUCUGGAACGCCGCCGGCAAGAGGAGUCACUCCACCGGCUCGGGGCACGCCGUUCCAGGAAGAAGGCGAGGAAUGGUUUUGGAUGUGGGCCUAGCCGCGGCGGGCUUGGAUCGAAACGAAACAACACGACCAAAAAAAAAACACAAUGUAGAAACUAGCAAUACCCGAAACUUAUCUCGUGGUAUACUAGUAUUACAGUUAUUGGGUGGCAGACACUUUGGCCAUCCGAGAGAUCGCCGAGCCACAUAGAAAGCAGUCCAAACUUUUUAAAAUAGAGAGAAACACCGCAG